CCAAGUUCACUUUAAUUUGUUCUGUUUCUCACCUAAAACGCGCUAUACUUUUACUUAUUUGGCAACUGAAAAGCCACCAUGACUGCCCCAACUAUCUAUUUAUAUACUUAACCUUCUUCACUUCUUCCCAAUAUCUCAGUUAAUUACACAUAUAUUCUCUUGUCAAGAGCAACCUCGAUCAUCAUAAGAAUGAGCCAACCAAUCAAUCAACAACAAACCCCUGUGACUGCAUAUCCAGCUGUGGGUCAGAGCAAUCCUCCAUCUUCUUAUCUUAAUACUAUACCACCACCUGUGGGCUAUCCCACCAACGAUGGUCCCCAACAAAGUGUUCCAGUGAAAACCACUAGCAGGGGUGAUGGGUUCUGGAAAGGAUGUUGUGCUGGAUUAUGUUGUUGCUGUGCCCUGGAUUGCUGCCUGUGAUUGAUUGAGUAUCACUACAACAUGUGUGUGGGUCUUUGUUCUCUAUCUUUUGUUUACCCUUUUCCUUUUGCACACUAUUUUUGUACCUUGUCCAAUAAGGAAUUAAUAAUCCAUCCAUUCUACAGAAUUUGUAUCUUGCAACUCACCUGUGUUUUGGUGAAAUAAAAUUAAAUGGAUUUGGUGUUCCAAUUCCAAAUCGCUAA